AUGAAGAUGGCGGCGGUGGGCUCUGCCAAAUCCACUGGACUGGGGCAGAGAGGCAAAACCAGGCCUGGCGCUCCCGCCGCUCCUCUGACUCUGGAGGAAGCUCGGUGUCCCGUGUGCUCAGAGAUACUUCUGGAGCCGGUAACGAUGCCAUGUGGACACUCGGUGUGCCUGCAUUGCUUCCAGCGGACGGUGAAGUUGAUCAGUUUAUGCUGUCCGCUGUGCCGGCUGCGAGUGUCCAGCUGGGCCCGUAAACAGUCCCGGGAGAAGAGCUUGGUCAACACCGAACUCUGGGAGCUGGUUCGUCUCAGUCACCCGGAGAGAUGUAAGCGGAGGAUGGAGCAGAGAGAUGGAGAGACUGCGGACGGUGAAAUUUUUCGUGCACCCGUACCCAUUCACAAGUCUGGAGAAAUGCGCCAAGAGUACGAUAAACAAAAAAUCAAGUUCUGUGGAUUCUCAGAUGCUGAGAAUGAAGAGCCUGUUGGAAAGAGGACCAGACAUGUUUCAGCAUUUGUACGAAAAACAAGGUGCUCCCCUGCUUUCAAUAGAGGUUGCCUUCAUAGCAGUGCAGUUCAGAGGAGCAGGAGUUGUACUGACUCUGAAGAUGGCAAAGGAAAAAAUAGAGGCCAUGCAAAUCACAAUGUUCCUGAAAAGGCUAACAUCACUCAUAGUUACAACGCUGGAAUUCUUCUCUCCUCUGAGAACAGUAGGUCUUUCUCAGCACCGGUACUCAGCCUAGAUAAGAGGCACCACUGGCGGGGUGUCCACACCUCCUCUACUUCACUCGGGCUUCAAACUAAACCAGAGAGGUCUAUUAGCCCUGAAAGCAAUGAUAGCAUAUCAGAAGAACUUAACCAUUUUAAGCCUAUCGUCUGCUCGCCAUGCACUCCACCCAAAAGGCUGCCCAAUGGGGGACUUUUGGAACCCACGAUUGUAAAGUCAACCCCUAGGAACUUGACACGCAGUCUGUACAAGUCCACGAGCUACGAGGCCAGCCCCACCAUCUUGCAGAAGUGGAAGCAGAUUGAGGUGGAUCGUCAGUGCACCAAAGUGACCUCUAAAGGUACCAUCACAAGUCCGAUCGCAGAAGAUCUCAGCCUUAAACUGAGUCCCAUUGAAGAGAGGGACAGUCAACCCUGCAACUGUGUUGUAGUCAAGGACGACUUGCAAGAUCAUCAAUGCAUGUGCCGUGCAAGCACAGAAGAGUCUAAAAGACAGAAAGAAAAGCCUGUACUCUGGAAUAAGCGACGGCUUAUUUUUGAUCAGCGUAACAAAGAGGAAGGUACACCACCAACUAGUGCUCUCACAAGAUCGAUAACACAAACUAUUGCAGAUACUUCAACCCCAGAGGGGCACAGCAGAUGUAAAACACUUUGUGAAUACGGACCAUCAGGAGUGAGUGUACAGAUGUUUGACAAACACAUUGGACGUUGUAAUCAGAGUACUAUAGAUCCUGUGAACGUUAUAAAUGAGCCCACUACCCAGAGCUGUGUACUUAACAGACCUACCUCAAGAAGGGGCAAAAAGAGAAGCCACAAAACCAAACAUUUGGAAGAUACUGUACAGUCAAAAAUAUCCAGGAUAGAUUGUUGCAAUGCCUGCGACAGGUUUGAUGAUUUGUUGGUCCAACGAAUUAAUCAGGAAAAGGAGGACAGAGAACUGGCACUUAAGCUACAAAGACAAUUUGACAGAGAAUGUCAAAAAGUGGACAGGCACAAGACAAGUUGUAACAAAUAUGUUCUCCGGUCCUGGGCUUUGAAAGAUGGGACAGUAGGACAAAAUACUCGAAGAUCAGGUAGAAUCCCCAAACAAAAUGAGCGCUUCAACUGUAGUUAUUAAAAGAACCUUUAUAGCAGUGUUUUAUUAUAGCUAUUAGUCACAGUCACUAAAGUUUUCUUUAAUUAGUCACAAAAGAGGCUUUCUAACUUCUGGAUAAGUAAUGCAAGAUAAGUAUUUACUUAUUUUACUUGUAAUCUUGCAGCUUUUUAUCCCAAGCAACUUGCAUUGCAUCAGUUGAAACAGUCCACUUUGAGUAAAAUGUGGGUUAAAUGCCUUUGUUCAAGGGCACAAUUCAGUGUUGGGUAAAUUAUAAAAGAAAAAAGUAAUCCACUACAAAUGACUAAACACUUCUAUAAAAAUUAUGAUCAGAUUACUUUUCUGAUUACUUAAGUGAAAAGUAAUCACAUUAAUAAUUACUUUGAAGUUACUUUCUGAAACACUUCACAUAAAACUUUUUUUUUUUGCUCAACAAAUUCAAAAUAAUGUAUUUCCUCCUUGUUCAUUGUUGCAUGCAAGUCAUGCACUCAGCGCUAGGUCUGGGCGAUAUAUAUCGAAGCGACAGUAUAAAGUAUCAACCAGUAGAGAUUUUUCUACCGUCAAUAUCGUGGUUUGUAAAUAUGUGUGCCCGAUGCUCCACCUGCCUACACGGGAGACUGCAUCCACACUAAUACGUUUUCGUUUGAAAGUGCAUCUUUUUCUCUAUGUUUUGGCCUUCCAUCCACACUGAGACAGCGUUUUUGACAGCGAAAACAGAGCUUUUUGAAAAUGUUUCCCAAGUAGAUACAUUUUAAACACCAUCUUCGCAUUCUAGUGUGGAUAGGGAAAACAGAGAUAUCUGAAAACUAUGGCGUAUUUGUUUUUCAUGUGAUGCAGUCAUGUGAUCCAUUCAACCCAAAACAAUCAAGAUGGCGGCCCAUGUUGUAGCGUUGAUGUGCCUGCUAUUCACUUUGAUAGCAUUGUUAAAGAUAAAUGUUACUUUGAACAACCUUCACAUUGCAUUCCUUUAAAGGCGAUUGGAAGUUAAUUCAGAACUGCUGUGUGGCGAGGGAACAUUAGGACAAUUGCGUUUUAGACUGCACAUGGAACGCUGAUAUUUUUUAUUAUUUUUGCAUGUGCAGUAAGGUGAUUUAUGAGUUUUCAUACAAUUCGGAGUGAAUGAGCAACUUUUGGAAAACACUUGAAAACGGCGGUGCGGACACAGAGCAUUUUGAAAAUGGAAACGUUGUUUUUCAAAUGUAUCCGGAUUAAUGUGGACGUAGCCUGAGACUGAUAGUAAGAGAGUCGAACAACCAUGGAUAAAGAUAAACACCCAGAGCAAGGGAAGACUCUUGAACAAGUCAAACGCAGGAGGAAUUUUAUUUUUUGCAUUAAAAGGUGCGGUUUUCUCACGUAAUUUGAUGAGAGCGCUCUUUCUGACCCAUGCACGCACCACGCAUGCCGGGAGAAAGAGAGGGCGAGAGAACCUCAGAUUCUAAUUACUUUUCAUUCUGAGAAAACAUUAGGAAGGGCUUGUUAAUAAAACGCUGCAUUCUCUGUGGUGUGAAACUGACCCUUCUAUAAAGGCCUCUGCACACUAGAGGUCUGCACAUGCCUUAAAAUGAAACCCGACCUGUACCCGAGACUUUGUGGCCCAACCCUACCCGGCCUGAACGAUACCGUCAGAUUUUAAGCCCGAACCUGAAAUCACUUACUAUCUAAUUUCUUCUAGCAAGUACUGUUGCAAUAGGCUGUAUUUUAUGUAAACUUAUAGGCAACAUUCGUAACAGUAUUGAAACAGCAAACAUACAGUUUUAACAAGGCAAUGCAGCCCCUCAGUACACUAGAGCAGAAAGGAAAAAAGCAUUGCCUUACCGUUUAUUUGCUGAAACUUUACUUGGUGCAGAACAAUCUGGAAUAAUAUGAAACACUGCAACAGUCCCCUCUAUGCAGCCUUCAGAUUGUUGAAUCUUUGUGACACCUGCACUUAUUCAUCCAGCAUGUGUUUGAAUAGGAAAACAAUGGGCAAACAGAACAGACGCACACAAAAACACAUUCGAUGUGAACGGCCCCUGACUCGUCCAUUUGCGCGUGUCUGUGAGUGAGAGCGCGUGCGCAAAACAAGUUCGGUAAGCCUGUUUAUUUUUCAUUCAGACAAAUCCAAAGCCCUACUUGAAAAACUGACCCAAACCCGGCCUGAAACCCUUCGGGUUCUCGGGUCCUGUCGGAUCUAGGUCGCAGACCUCUACUGCACACCAAAUGCACAUUUUCACCGCUAUUAACAUUGUUAAUAGAAACAAUGGAUUCCUAUGAAGCCAUUCGCACCUGGAGUGAACAUUCACACGAGGACAAAGCGUUGUUUUUUUGUUUUUUUUUUCGCUCAGCGAUGAAAUGCCAUGACCAAUAAAAUAUGAGCUUUGGAUCACGUGUCAGGAGCCGCUGCAGUUACCAAUAACAGCACAACUGGUGGCGCUAAAACACAGAAAGCUGUUUUGACCACUGACAUUAAAUGCAGAAGUAACUCCUGAAAUCCUGAAGAAAAACUGAAAAAAAAAAAAAUUAUCAUAUGGGGUCUCCUACCAUGUAAAUGAUAUUGCUGCCUCACUGCCUUGCAUCCCCUUUAAAAAGCUCUCUGAUCUUAUGUGGGUUUUCCACAUUAAUGCAUUUUUUUGCCUUUGCUUUAAUCUUAUGCAAGUUCUCUUAUAUCUCUAAUAUAACAGAUAUUGCAGCAUCUUUGCCUUUAUAUCACCUUUAAAUGCUUUACAGAUCUUAAUUGUUUUUCUUUGGCAAAUAUUAAUACUAUUAAUACUGUUGCAGUAACUUGCAGUGCACUCUAUGUGCCUUUGUAUACCAAAAACAUGGUGGUAUCUCCACAAAAUUAUGUAAUCGUUAUUGUUGUGCUAUCUUUAAGUCGUUAACAGCUGUGCUGCCGUUAGCAGUAUUAAUGUAUCUUAUAAUGGAUCAGACUGUAUAUAGGUUUUGUGUUUAGAUGUCGUCAUGUUUAAAAUGUAUCAUGCAGAGUUUUGAGCAAAUGUAUUACAUGUAUAGAUAUACAUGGCAUAGGAUACAGUCAGUAUUGUUCCAAUUGAAAACAUUUGUUUGAACAGUCAUUAUGUGAGUAUAUUAUGCAGUGAUUUUAAACAAAUGUACAUAGCACAAAUAUAUACAGUAUGUGUGGCAGUGUCAUACACUAUUCUUUCUAAUCACCUCUCAGACUGUGUAUACAUGAUAAUACUGUCAACUUGUCCAGUAGGUGAAUUGCAGUAGUUUUUGAAAGUGUCAUCGCCAUCACUGCUGCAGCUUGUAGAGAAAUCAAUUUUCUAUUUUCGAUCUACUCGUUAGAGAAAUCGCUUGCUUUUCUUUUGUAUUGCAUGGUUGUUUUGCAAACUUGCCAAGAAGUUGUUCUUCUCGUUCAUGAUGGGAGAAGGGCUGACCAGUUGAAAGGUGCUUUGCGCCACCUACCAUACCGGGGUAAAAUUGCUUGUCGAUAAGCGCCAACUACUGUAAAGGUGUGAAUUUGUAAACGGGCGAUCAUUCGCCUCACUUUUAAUGUGAAUGGGGCAUUUGUUGGCGAUUCGUUUUGCAUUAUCACGUCGCCUCUGAUGUACAAAGGCCUUAAGCAUGGCUGCCGUUACUUACUAUUGCUGACACCGUCAAGCGUUCCUACUGGCAUCUUUACUACCGCAAAUAAUUACUUCAGGAAUUAUUAAACAACAACUUUGUCAACGGUGUAAAUUUAUAUCUUGUAGGAUAUAUAGUUGCCAAAAAAGUUAUCCAAUGGAAGGCAAAAUUCAAAAGAAAUACAUAUAGUGUAUAAUUAGAGAGAAGCCUAAUUUUUUGCUUGGUUGAAGAAAGAUUAAUUAUAAUUUUUUAUAAUUAUUUAUUGAUUGAUAAAGUUUUUCGUUGCAGUGGACAUGACAGGUCUACAAUUAGGAUACUCUGGACAUUGUUUUGAAUGAAAAAGGAACUUAUAUUCUUUUCAGAAGUUUUUGAAUCACUUUCCAUCAACAUGUAGGCUAUAUCAUCAUAUAUAUCGUUAUCGACCAAAAAUGUCUGGAAUAUCGCUAGGAAAAUGUUUGCUUCUUUCGCAUACUCAUAAAAAAAUGCGUAUUAAAUAUACAUAAACACUUUUUUGUUGGUAUUUCCAGAAGAAGAAAGAAAACUAUAUUGGGAUAUAUACCAUUACCUUGAUAUAGAAAUUUGGUUAUAUCGCCCACUCCUACUCAAUAGAACUACACGUUUCUCCCUUACAAUGGCUUAUUAGAGGGCAUAUGUUUUUCAUGUUUUAAAUUGUACGUAAUAGAAUUCUACAUAAAUAAUACUAUUUAAUUAAUGCAUAAGGCAAGUAAUGUACUUAAAAGUAAUUAACUAAAGUCAGUAACUGUAAUCUAAUUACUAUAAUUUAAAAUGUAACGCAUUACACUACCUUUCUCAAAAGUAAUUGGAUUACAGUAACUAACUAACUUUGUAAUCAGAUUACACCCAACACUGAAGGUCAUACAAGAUUGGGCUCUCAGUAUCCUUCUCAUUCUAGGGAUUUGGAUUUGAACCUGCAGUUUUUUAUUUCUAUCCAGCUUUGUUUAAUUGUCAUCUACGUCCAAAAUCCAAAAAUAGAGGAAACUAGGUCUAUUUUGGUCAGGGAACAUAAAAUAUACAGUAGAAAGAACAUUGGGAUUGGGCUCUUUGGGAUUUAAACUCAGUCAGUAGUACUCUUUACAGUCUCUUGGUGCUCAUCAUAAUUACUCCACAAGAAGUCUGCUUGCAUGUUUCAAAGAAUAUCAUAGGAAAUGUGUCAGAACAGAAGUUGUUGUGUACAAAAAUGUAGCAUAACCCUUUUACCCCAACUUUCAGUAUCUGGUGAAGUUCUGUCUUAAAGCAUUCACCUAUGAGCCACCCACCAUACACAAAUCUAAAACAUUUACUUUUAUUUACUAUAAAUAAUUCAUUUGGGUGGAAAAGAGUAAAAUUGUAGCCUAUGACCAGAAAUAUACUCUACGCAAGUACACAAAUGCAGAUGUGAAUGCUUGGCCAAUACCUUGCAAACACUCUCCGUUGUACAUCUACAAGGUGAUGUCUAUAAAUUUUCCGAUGUUAAAAUACUUCUAUCCCCACUUAACAUGCAGAGGGAUCUAUUAGUAGCUGAGCCAUUCAAAUGUUGACAUUCAUGACAGAGAAAAUUGACCACAGAGGAAGACAGUUUGCACUAAUGCACACUAUAAUGCCCAUUACAUCAGUUCUGAGAUUGCAAUGCUUGCUUGCGUUGUUACAGAUUGCAUUCUGACACAUUUCAGAGUCCAAAGGCACAAAAAAUGCAACUUGUGAGCUAGAAGUGUUUGUGUUCACGUACUUGCAUUGAGUAUGUUUUGAGCUUAACUAUUUGCAAAUAUGUUUUGGGCUAUUAAGUAAAAUAACUGUAAAAUAAUUUGUUCAGUUUAAACACUAAAACUGAUUUUUUUAUUGAAACUUUUUUAUUGAAACUUUAUGCGCGACAGUCAAUGUUAGUUGUGAUUUAUAUAUGCAAUCAGUUUUAUUUGUUAUUUUUUUAUUGAAACUUUAUUUUAAACCUUUUUUUCCCUACAAUCAGGAUCACUUAUCUAAAUAGUUUAGAUGUUAUAACUGUUUCUAAAUAUUACUGAAUUGUGAUUCAAGACAGGUUGUAUGGAGGACGAAACCUGAAAAAAAUUAUAAAUAAAAAAAGACACAAAUACAUAUAAAAAUAAGUAAAUAAAUUAAUGAGUUUGUGCAUAAAUAUAAAUAAUUAAAUGUGCGAGGGGAUAUAUAAAUAAAUAAAUAAUAAAUAAAUGCACACAUUAAUGAAAAAUAAAACACUAUAAAACGGUUUGGGAAAUGCAAAAAUGUUAAAGGAAAUGUAAAAUUGAAAGUUGAUUUUUUAAUUCUGUAUUUCUUUAAUAAUUUAUUUCUGUAUGUAUUUGCGUUUUAAUUUUUCCUUCGUGCAAUCUGCUAAUGAGAGAAUGUCAAUCAACCAUCAGUAGGCGGAAUUUAUGACACCAUUGGCUGAUCAUUGUAAAAGUGCUUCACUUGACUAUGACAUUAAUAAGGACAUUACCCAAUUUUCACAAUCAAUCAAUAAAUGAAGUUUAGCAAAGGAUCUUUUACGAUUCUCCAAACUAUUCACUGCUUCGUGGAGCAACUGUGCUAUCUACCUUCUCUUCACCAUGGUGAAACUGCAAACUCCUGCCAAAAUCCAUUGCAUUUGGUAUCGAUAAUUUAACUGAUGCCUGAACAUCCUCUCAUUAGCAUGUUGCACGAAGGACAACAUUUUUUUUUUUUUUUAAAUACGGAACCUUUUACAUGAAUGAUUAAAAAAAUGUGGAAUUAAAAGUCAACUUUCAAUUUUGCAUUUCUUUUAACAAUUUGCAUUUACCAACCAUUUAUUUGUUAUAUUGUAUUAUUUUUCCAUUGAUUGGUGCAUUUAUUUAUUUGUAUAUCUCCUCACACAUGUAAUUAUAUAUUUGUUCAUGCAUUAAUAUUCAGAUUUAUUUAUUUGUGUAUUUAUUAUUUUUGCAGGUUUCGUCCUCCAUGAGGUUGAGAGCCUAUUUGCAAAUAAAUGCAUUUGGACACUUCUGUAACAGCUUUGCAUGCAACACCAGAAUAAAAAGUCUAGCUUGAUUCAACAACAAUCAAAACAAAAUGGUUAAUUUUGUUUAAGAAUGGUUUUUUUUUCGGGGGCCUGGGUAGCUCAGUGGUAAAAUACACUGGCUACCACCAGCAAACUAGUUCGCUAGUUCGAAUCCCAGGACAUGCUGAGUGACUCCAGCCAGGCUUCCUAAGCAACUAAAUUAGCCCGGAUGCUAGGGAGGGUAGAGUCACAUGGGGUAACCUCCUCAUGGUCGCUAUAAUGUGGUUAGUUCUCGGUGGGGCGCGUGGUGAGUUGAGCGUGGAUGCCGCGGUGGGUGGCGUAAAGCCUCCACACGCGCUAUGUGUCCAUGGCAACGCGCUCAACAAGCCACGUGAUAAGAUGCGCGGGUUGGCAGUCUCAGAUGUGGAGGCAACUGGGAUUCGUCCUCCGCCACCCGGAUUGAGGCAAAUCUCUACACGACCACCUAUAUAUUCUUUUUGAAACAAUUUUAGAGUUUAGCAACUUUUCAGUUUUAGCUUGAUGUUCACCUACUAUGAGACACUACUCUGAAGGGCUACUUUUUCAUUUGAGAAUUUUUAUUAAGUGUGGUUUACUGAAGAGAUCUAUUUUGUGACUUGUUUCUAUGAAGAAAGCUUUAAUCAUAUUACUUUUGCUGAAAAAAUUACAUUCACUCAGACUAUGUAUAUGCACAUACUUUUAAUAUAGCUUUUCACAUUGUUCUAAUUUUUAUUUCAGACAGUUCAUUCUUUGUAAUGUGCCAACAUGGCUGAUUUCUCAAAAUGGGGCCAUAUAUUUUAAAUUAUUUUUUACUGGUUAAUUUCAUAUUCUAUAAAAAUUUUCUGUAGACAGGAUGUUCUAUUGGAAAAGAUAAAAUACAUUUUUAUUUGUCACUGUACUAUUUUAGAAAAAUGAUUUGCCUAUAUUGAUACUGAUACAAAGAGGUUAUUAAGGAUUGCCAUUUUUGACUGGCUUUUAAAGCACUUGGAUUGUCUUCCAUUGUUGAAAUGUAUUCGCUGGAUUUGAAAGAGAAUGUUGCAUUAUUGAAAAAAAUAAGAAUUCUGCAUACAUUGUGAUCUACAACUGACAUAAAAGGAAUGAAAUAAUGUAGCCUUUAAGGUUUAGAUUUUUGCCUUUUUUUGAUUUAAAAGCAUUUAAAGCAUUUACUUUGUCUGACACAUCUCAUUAGAUGCUCAGGAUUGAAAUAUGUUUGUUGUUUCAGUAUGCCUUGCUCUCUUAUGACUUUUCAAGACUUUUCAAGGCUAUUCAUUAUCAGCCCUAUUCUUUUUCAUUUGUAUAACUUGACAGUUCAUACAUUUGCCAAUCCUUCUUUGCAUUUUGUCAUGUUUAACUUGAAGGAAUUCACUGAAGAAAAUUGAGAUAAAAAAAAAAAAAUCUUUUAUCCAAUGAAUAAAACAAAAUAAAAACUCAAUAC